AUGUACAGCAAAUAUCUUCUACUUCUCGGAUUUAUCACAUUCACGUAUAUAUCAACAGCCAAUGGUGAGGCUGUCUGUGCAUGCUCUUGCUGCUUGGGUACAGACUGUACACCAAUCUACCGAGGUAGUGUAUUGGUUUCGUCUUGUGACGAAUUCAGUUGUUACAAUGCAUGCGAGUUCAGAUUUUCAUUCGCAUGUAAUCGUUCUGCUCCUGGCGCACUUAGUGCACCUUGUACUGAGAUAACUACAACGACGCUCUCAACACCAACGAGCUCUACAUUAUCAAGCACGGCAACUACCGUAACAAGCGCUACCACAGAAAACACUACUUCAACUUCAUCAUCGACUUCGGCAAUUACCAGUACUUCACCCAUUACAUCAUCAACUAUAACUUCAACUACUGGCACGAGUUCUAGUGGAAAUAUAACCAUUACAAUUAGUACAACAACACCCGGAAACAUAACUGUUACAGUUACUACGAAUAACUCUACAACUUCUACAACAACAACAACGCAAACUCCAAAACAUACUACUCCAAGUCAUGGUGGGCUUUCUAUUCUUGGAGAAAAUCGAUCAUUCGUUGUUUCCAUUUUUACGUCAAUUCUUAUGCUUGUGAAAGUCAUACUUUGA